AUGGGAUCGGUAAAUUUGGCGCACGCAUUGGCGCAAUGGGUACUCGCCGCGGGCAUUUCCGAUCAGCACCAGUAUGAGGACAUGGUGUGGAACAAGACCAAGGAUGUAAUGAAGGAAUUUGUGGACUACAUGAACACUGAGGACAUAACAUCGUAUGCAGCGAACUGUGAUAACACAGGAUGGGAGCACUACGCGUAUAAGAAGGGUGAAAAAUUAGUAACACAGACAGUCGGAGAUAGAAUUGUAUGCGUACUUAUGGUAGGGGCCUUAUUUUUCAUGAAUUGGGGGAAUACUACAGCAUCGAGUAAGCACAAAGAAGAUGAGAACAGUGCAAAAAUAACGGAGCACUUACGAUGCAUAAUAGUACAUAUGUUCGGCGAAAUAUUAAACGAAUCCGUGUGCAGAAGUAGGUGGGGUAUAUUUUAUGCAUGGAAACAAAUGGAAGAAAUGGACAGUGGGAAGGAAAGUUUUUCGGCAGGAUUAAUAAACCAGGGGACAUGUGGUAGAGAAAUAUUUCCGGAUUUGAAAACACCGAAUCUUAAGUUAAAUGUACAAGUCAAGAAAUGGUUAGCGGAGAACAGCAGACUAGAGAGACGGCUUAAACAAGUGAAGGGGACUAACACAUGUAAGACAACAUGGCAGAAGGAAUGGAAAAUAGCGGAUUUCUUGAACAAUGAGAAGAUGGAGAAUAAGCACAACUUGGAAGUUACUAGCAUGGUGCGCGACGUGAAGGAGGCCAUGAAGGAAAUAUUAGAGGAACUUGAGAAACACGUAGAGCGCGGCGUAGAACAGAGGGAAGAGGCGAAGCGAGCGCAGUUAGGUAAGGCAUGGCAUGUUCCGCCAGAAUUAGACAGAUUAGAACACAUCAGGAAAGAUAAGUAA